AUGGCCUCCCAAGAGAAACCCUCGAUAGACGAAGCUCGCCCGUCUCCUCAACAGGACACGGAAGUAGGCGAAUUCGUUCAUAUGGAGAAGCCAUUCAGCACGCUCUCAGCCAUGGCCGUGGGCGCAUCAACAACCAACACAGCCAUCGGAAUCAUCCUCACAAUCGGCAGCAUCACAGCCAAUGGCGGAACUGUCACUCUCUUCUGGGGGUUCAUCUUAAUGGCAGGCGUAGGACUCGCAGCCGCUUGCAGCUUGUCUGAGCUGGCAUCCGCUAUUCCAGAUGCCGGCGGCCAGUAUGUGUGGGUUGCCACGCUCUCUCCCCCGGGUCCGCGUCGCUUCCUCUCCUACGCCACGGCCCUGUUCAGCUGGGCUGGCGCAGUAUGUACAGGCGCAUCUGUCUGUGUUGUCGGACCAUCGCUGCUUUUUCAGUUGGGCAGUUUGCUGAACCCCAGCUUUGAACCCAGCCGAUGGGUGUAUUUCGCCACCUACCAGGCUACGAACAUUAUCACGCUCAUUCUGAGCCUGUUUGAGAACCUCUUACCACGAAUCACUAAGGGGAUCUUGACUUUUACAUUUCUUCUGCUGAUCGCCAUUUUUGUUGGGUUGUUUGCUGGUGCCCGUGAGAGACGUUCAGGUAGCGACGUCGUCUUUUACUUCUAUCAAGCCUCCGGAUGGCCGGACGGCGUUUCUUUUCUGAUCGGCCUCAACGGGCUCAACUGGGGGUUUUCUUGCCUUGAUGCAAUCGUUCACAUCUCGGAAGAGAUCCCCAACCCGAGCGUCAAUGUCCCCAAGGCCCUGAUGUGGACUAUUAUAGUUGGCUUUGCCACCGGCCUGCCCAUCGUCCUCGCGUUGUGUGUCAAUAUGACAGAUUUUGCCACCCAAACCUCCGUCAUGGCUACAAUGUACGACAUUUUUGGCCAGAGCGAGGCAGCUGCUAUUGGUUACCAGAUACCCAUCUUCAUUUCAACCGUUGGUGCCAUGUGGGGGAUUCAUGUGUGGCAGUCUCGUCUCGCAUGGACAGUUGGCCUCAACGACGGUUUCCCACUUUCGAGAUAUCUAAGCAAAGUCCACGGAGCUCCCUUCCACACCCCGGUCUGGGCCCUGGUUGGGUCUGCAGCGUUCACAAGUCUCUUGGGUUUUCUCUAUGUCGCCUCGACUACCGCUUUCAAUUCCCUCGUGUCUGCGGGUAUCCUGCUGCAGUACGCUAGUUACGCGAUUCCGAUUAUUCUACUACCCAAGUCUGGUCGUCAAAAUCUGCGGCACGGUCCAUUCUGGUACCCUCGACUGGGUCUUUUGGCCAACAUCGUCUUUCUUUGCUGGGCACCAAUUGCUCUUGUAUUCUACAGUUUUCCUUAUACUCUGCCGGUUGAUCUGGGUUCCAUGAAUUACAUAUCUGUGGUGCUAGGUGUUAUUGGUCUUCUGAUAAUCACUCUAUGGUUUACAUAUGCUCGAAGGCACUUUGCCCCUCCAGGACUGGGAGCUACUGAGGGUGCUAUCUAG